AUGUCUGAAUCAGCAACAGACAAGUCCCAGCUCGAUAAAUAUGAGCAGCAUUAUUUUUCAUCAUAUGAUCAUUUUGGAAUUCAUGAAGAAAUGUUAAAAGAUACUUCACGUACAUUGAGUUACAGAAAUGCUAUGUAUAGAAAUAAAGAUUUAUUUAAAAAUAAAAUUGUACUCGAUGUUGGAUGCGGUACUGGUAUACUUUCAAUGUUUGCUGUAAAGGCUGGAGCAAAACAUGUUUAUUCAGUUGAUAUGUCAUCAAUAAUAGGGAAAGCUAGGGAAAUAGUAGAAUUAAAUGGGUUUAGUGAUAAAAUAACUUUAUUACAAGGUAAAUUAGAAGAUAUACAGUUACCUGUGGAUUCAGUAGAUAUAAUAAUAUCUGAAUGGAUGGGAUAUUUUUUAUUAUACGAAUCAAUGCUUGAUACUGUUUUGUAUGCAAGAGAUAAAUAUUUAGUCAAAGGAGGAUUAAUUUUACCGGAUAAAUGUCAAAUGUUUAUUGCAGGAAUUGAAGAUGGUCAAUAUAAAGAAGAGAAAAUUCAUUAUUGGGAAGAUGUUUAUGGAUUUGAUUAUUCACCAUUUAUAAAAACAGCAAUGGAAGAACCAUUGGUUGAUACUGUAAAUAAGCAAGCAUUAAUAACUGAUAGUUAUAAAUUUUUUGAAUUUGAUAUAAAUACCGUGAAGAAAGAAGAUUUAGCAUUCAAAAGGCCGUUUGAAUUAACAAGUAUUGGAGAUGAUCAAUGUCAUGCGUACAUAGUAUAUUGGGAUGCAAUCUUUCCAGGUAAAGAAAAAAUCGUGUUACCAACUGGUCCAAUGAAUCAUUACACUCAUUGGAAACAAACUGUAUUUUAUAUGGAUCAAGUAUUGGAAUUGAAAAAAGGUGAUAAAAUUUUUGGAGAAAUUGAUGCUAGACCCAGUACCAUUAAUCCAAGAGAGUAUGACAUUGAACUUAAGUGGGAUUUGAAUAUCGAAGCUAAAGAUGAAUCAAGAAAUCAAAAAGGUUCUUAUAAAUAUUUUCUUCGAUAG